CCGAAGAAUUCCAGAACAAUCCCGAAGUUAUCAGCCUCAAUGCUGACAUGAUUUGCCCAAAGUUUUAUCCAAAAACAUCAUUUUGUCCCCAGGAAAUUGGCUUGCCCUUGCAAAAAAAGAAGAAGAAGAAAAAAAGAAAAAAAAAGACCUUUGGACAUAGUGUAGGCGGGCAGCAAGUCCUAGAGUCAAGUCGCAAAGAAUCACAUCACGAAGUUGUUGCUUGGCCGUGAGGCCUGGCUUGAAUUCUUCAAAGAUGAUCUGCAGAAAGAACGUAAUGCGGGAUUAUAGGUACACUUGGAAUGGCAAAGAGAAACAUACACACUGGAAAACUUGGAGCAGGGCCAUGACCGGGACCGGCAAGGCAACUUUCGCCUUUGACCAAGGACAUCAAGUCUCAGUAAGCUUCUAUCGACAAUUGGGGCUUAGAGGUAACUGUUGGAAUUUCCAAGGAUGCAUAAAAAGUUGACCUCACCUGAACACCUCGUUUUGCUUCUUCUGUUCUCGUUGGCGCUCCUGAGCUGUGGGGAUAGGGGCAAGUUGAUAGUACACCCAACUUCCGCCGCAGAGGAUAUUGCUCGUGAAGAACCUCUCAACUACACAAGCCACACGAGCCUGGUGGAAGUUUGGUCUACGGGAGCUCCGGACCUGGGUCAUAAUGUUUACACAUGAUGUAAGAUACUGACUUGUCGCGUACCUUACCUACUACAGGUUCCAGGUCCCCAGUGGGAGAGCGAGCGAUAGGCCACGAGAGGGGUGGAUACAGGCAGGGCAGCUGUGGCCCUAGAUCCUUAGUCUAGAGGUUCGUUCCAUUGUCCUGCAGGAACGAAGAAAGUGGAAGAUGAAGAGAGACAGAGGGCGUCAUCACACGGUACACCUCUGUAUGGGCAUCACCUUGCUGUUGGUGAUCAUGGUCGGGUCGGUUCGGUUGCAGACGGCGGUAGUGUAGUGUAGUGUAGAGGUCGGCUCGUCCCUGACAAAAAAAGUGGCACUUUUAUGGUCAGUACAUGGGCGAUGAGCACAACAAAAGGUGCCACCUUUUUUGUCAAGGACGAGGUCGGAUAUCUGCUCGCGUGGUGAUGGUGGAUCUGACAAGGAUAGUCCCUGCCUUACCU